GAGAAAGGCAGAUUUAAGAAAACACAUGGUCAUUCACACGGGUGAGAAGCAGUACAAAUGUGAAGUGUGUGGACAAGAGUUUUCUGUCAACAGUUCUUACACCAGACACAUGAGGAUUCACAGUGGUGAGAAACCUUACAAAUGUACCACAUGUGGGAAGGACUUCAGAAGUGGAGGCACACUCAAACAGCACAUGGUUAAGCAUACAGGAGCCAGGAAUUUUAUAUGUGAGGUGUGUGGAAGUAGUUUCAGUCUGCGGCACCAUUACACAGCCCACUGGAAACUUCACAGUGGAGACAUGCCCAUCAAGUGCAAAGUGUGCUCCAUCUCGUUUCGGAAUUACAGUGCUCUCCGACAUCACCGAAAGAAGAACCACCCAAAGGAGGAAGCAAAUAGGCUGAAGAACCUAAAAAUGAAAAUGAUGAGAGUAGAUGAAAUCAAAGUGAAGCCAAAGCCAAAGGUUGUUGAUCCUUCCAUCGAUGUCUUGCAGCAAGCAAUGGCAGCAGCAGUUGAAUCUGUAAAUUAUGAAUGUGUUGACUCGUACACUCAAACUCUGCCUGUGAACGUUGGCACGAGUGACAGUAUUGUCUCCAAGAUCAUUGCAGAUAAACUUGCCAGUAAGGAUUCAGUUGUUUUAGCCAUUACAGAUAUACAGGAAGAAGAGAUUGAAAAAGUAGACACUGUUAGCAACAGCCGAAAGUACAUUCAACAAACACUGAGUAAUGAACUUGGAGACAGAACACAUGCCAGUAUUGUCCACUCUGUUGAUGUCAGCGAUGGUACUGCUUCCACACUUAGAGAAAGUGAAGAAAAGAGUACAGUUCAUUAUACAAAUGAAAAUUCUCUGCACAGCUCCUUCUAUAAUGGAGAUGGAGUAGAUAGUGCCAGGGACUUCAUUGUUGUGAAUAAUGAGGGUGAGCCUAUGCCAGACCUAAAGCCUGAGAAUGUAAAGGUUGUCCAAACUAGUAAUGAAGACACGUCACCCAUGUACAUUGUCUUGUCAGACAUUCAGGCUCAGGACUCACAGCUGUAUAUUGUUCUUGAUAAAGAUGCUCAUGUUUCAGGCUAGAUGUACACCAUUUCAGUUUCAUUGGAAUGGAUGCGAUAACUUUUAGAAACCAAAUGUGGUUCAUGAUAAGGUACUUGUUUUUCAUAUAUCAGUUUUGUGGACCAAAUUAGAUAGGUUGCUUUGGGUAAAAUUACUAGUCUACUGUAUGAAAAUAGACAAACAGGCAUGAUAUCCAUUUUCAGGAGUAUAUACGAUAACAAGCUUGUAUUUAU